AGAAACAGAGGCGAAAGAGAUUAAUUGAUUGAUGUCCAACUUGGAUCCGCCAGGCCCGCAGGGGCUGACGAGAAGGCCGUCAAGGAGCGCCGCCACCACCACCUUCUCUACGGAGGUCUUCGACAAUGAGGUCGUCCCAUCCGCCCUCGCCUCCAUCGCUCCCAUUCUCCGCGUCGCCAACGAGAUCGACAGAGAGCGUCCUCGCGUCGCCUAUCUCUGUCGGUUCUAUGCUUUUGAGAAGGCACACCGAUUGGAUCCCAGCUCCAGUGGCCGUGGUGUCAGGCAGUUCAAGACCUUGCUUCUCCAACGACUGGAGAGGGACAAUGCGUCCAGUCUUGCUUCUCGGGUUAAGAAGACAGAUGCCAGAGAAAUUGAAAGCUUCUAUCAGCAGUAUUAUGAGCAAUAUGUUCGAUCUCUCGACCAGGGGGAGCAGGCAGAUAGAGCCCAACUGGGCAAAGCCUACCAGACGGCAGGAGUGCUUUUUGAAGUGCUUUGCGCUGUUAACAAGACUGAGAAAGUGGAGGAAGUUGCUCCCGAGAUUAUUGCGGCUGCUAGAGAUGUCCAAGAAAAGACAGAAAUUUACGCUCCAUAUAACAUUCUUCCUUUGGAUUCUGCUGGUGCUACACAGUCUGUCAUGCAGCUUGAAGAGGUUAAGGCUGCAGUGGGUGCACUUUGGAAUACUCGUGGUUUGAACUGGCCUAGUGCAUUCGAGAGCAGGCAGAAAGCUGGUGAUCUGGAUCUCCUUGAUUGGCUAAGGGCCAUGUUUGGAUUCCAGAAAGACAAUGUCAGGAACCAGAGGGAGCAUUUGAUAUUGCUACUUGCGAAUACUCAUAUAAGGCUUCAUCCCAAACCUGAACCUCUUAACAAGCUUGAUGAUCGAGCUGUUGAUGCAGUUAUGGGAAAACUUUUUAAGAACUACAAAACGUGGUGUAAAUUUUUGGGACGAAAACAUAGUUUAAGGCUACCCCAAGGUCAGCAAGAAAUACAGCAGAGGAAGAUACUAUACAUGGGUUUGUAUCUUCUCAUCUGGGGUGAAGCAGGGAAUGUCCGCUUUAUGCCAGAAUGUCUAUGCUAUAUUUUUCAUAAUAUGGCAUAUGAACUCCAUGGCCUAUUGGCUGGAAAUGUAAGCAUCGUUACUGGGGAAAAUAUAAAGCCUUCAUAUGGCGGGGAUGAUGAGGCUUUUUUGCGGAAAGUUAUAACCCCCCUAUAUCGUGUAAUUGAGAAGGAAGCCAAGAAGAGUGACAACGGAAAAGCUCCUCACCCAGUUUGGUGCAACUAUGACGAUCUUAAUGAAUAUUUCUGGUCAUCUGAUUGCUUCUCUCUUGGUUGGCCCAUGCGUGAUGAUGGUGAUUUUUUUAAAUCAACGCGUGACUUGGCACAGGGAAGAAAGGGCUCUAGAGGAAAAUCUGGAAGCACAGGAAAAUCUUAUUUUAUUGAAACUCGGACAUUUUGGCACAUUUUUCGAAGUUUUGAUCGAUUUUGGACCUUUUAUAUACUGGCUCUACAGGCCAUGUUCAUUAUUGCUUUUAGAGGGAUUUCACCAUUGGAUAUUUUUCAAAAGGAUGUCCUAAGAGACCUAUCAAGUAUUUUCAUCACAGCGGCGUUUCUUCGUGUCCUUCAAAGUAUUUUGGAUAUUGUUUUGAACUUCCCGGGAUAUCAUAGGUGGAGGUUCAUUGAUGUGCUGAGAAAUAUUCUCAAGAUAAUUGUUAGUCUUGCAUGGGCAGUCAUUCUUCCUUUGUUUUAUGUGCAUUCCUUCAAGGAUGCCCCGAAACAAAUUUUAGAUGUACUUUCGUUCCUUAAAAAAAUAGAUGGUGUUCCUGCUUUGUAUAUCAUGGCUGUUGCAGUAUAUUUGCUGCCAAAUUUACUCGCAGCAGUUUUGUUCCUGUUCCCGCUGCUCCGGCGUUGGAUUGAAAACUCAGACUGGCACAUCAUUAGGUUCCUAUUGUGGUGGUCACAGCCAAGAAUCUAUGUUGGGAGGGGAAUGCAUGAAAGUCAAUUUUCCCUUAUAAAGUAUACCAUUUUUUGGGUGCUGCUUUUGGGUUGCAAGUUUACAGUAAGCUAUCUUAUCCAGAUAAAACCUCUGGUGAAGCCAACAAGAGAUAUUAUGAACAUUCGUCGCAUAGAGUAUGAAUGGCAUGAAUUUUUCCCUAACGCUCAAAACAACUAUGGAGCGGUUGUGUCACUCUGGGCACCAGUAAUCUUGGUUUAUUUGUUGGACACUCAAAUAUGGUAUGCUAUCUUUCAGACUAUAUAUGGUGGUGUUGUUGGAGCAUUUGAUCGCCUGGGAGAGAUUCGAACCCUAGGUAUGCUAAGAUCACGGUUCCAGUCUCUGCCCGGUGCAUUCAACACAUAUCUAGUGCCUUCGGAUAAGUCAGCCAAAAGGGGGUUCUCUUUCUCAAAGCGUUUUGUGGAGAUUACAGCAAGCAGGAGAAGUGAAGCUGCAAAGUUUGCUCAGUUGUGGAAUGAAGUGAUAUGUAGCUUUCGUGAGGAAGAUAUCAUUUGCGACAGGGAAAUGGAUUUGCUGCUGGUUCCUUAUUCAUCAGAUCCCAGCCUGAAGAUAAUUCAGUGGCCACCCUUCUUGCUUGCUAGCAAAAUCCCAGUAGCAUUAGAUAUGGCAGUACAAUUUAAAUCCAAGGACUCCGAUCUCUGGAAGCGGAUAUGUGCGGAUGAAUAUAUGAAAUGUGCUGUGAUUGAAUGCUAUGAAUCUUUCAAACAUGUCCUUGGUGCUCUGGUAGUUGGAGAAAAUGAGAAAAGGAUAAUUGGCAUCAUCGUUAAGGAAAUUGAAAGUAACAUUUCAAAGAAUACAUUUCUUGUAAAUUUUAGAAUGGGUUCUUUGCCCACUCUCUGCAAGAAAUUUGUAGAGCUUGUGGGGAUCUUGAAAGACGCUGAUUCAUCGAAGCUAUCUUCAGUGGUGUUGUUGCUUCAAGAUAUGCUGGAGGUAGUCACUCGUGAUAUGAUGGUGAAUGAGAUCCGAGAGUUGGUUGAAGUUGGUCAUAGUAGCAAGGACUCUGGAAGGCAACUCUUUGCUGGCACUGAUGCAAAACCGGCAAUAGUGUUCCCUCCUCCAGUUACAGCACAGUGGGAAGAACAGAUAAGACGCCUCUAUCUGCUAUUAACGGUUAAGGAAUCUGCCAUUGACGUGCCAACAAACCUUGAAGCGCGGAGAAGGAUUGCAUUUUUUACAAAUUCACUGUUCAUGGAUAUGCCACGUGCUCCCCGAGUCCGUAAAAUGCUUUCAUUCAGCAUCAUGACCCCAUACUACAGUGAGGAGACUGUAUAUUCCAAAACUGACCUUGAGAUGGAAAAUGAAGAUGGUGUAUCAAUCAUAUAUUACUUACAGAAGAUAUUCCCAGAUGAAUGGAAUAACUUCAUGGAGCGACUUAAUUGUAAAAAGGAUAGUGAAAUAUGGGAAAAUGAAGAAAAUAUUUUGCAGCUUCGUCAUUGGGUCUCCUUACGAGGACAAACUCUCUGCAGGACAGUCAGAGGAAUGAUGUAUUACCGACGAGCUCUGAAGCUUCAGGCUUUUCUUGACAUGGCUACUGAAAACGAGAUACUAGAUGGCUACAAAGCCAUCACGGUUCCAUCAGAGGAAGAAAGGAAAAGCCAGAGAUCCCUUUAUGCUCAAUUAGAAGCAGUGGCUGACCUUAAAUUCACCUAUGUUGCUACCUGCCAAAACUAUGGCAAUCAGAAAAGAAGCGGAGAUCGACGUGCAACAGACAUCUUGAAUCUGAUGGUUAAUAAUCCCUCUCUUCGGGUUGCAUAUAUUGAUGAAGUUGAAGAGAGAGAGAGUGGUGGAAAGGUCCAAAAGGUUUACUAUUCUGUGUUGGUUAAAGCUGUUGACAAUCAUGACCAGGAAAUAUAUCGUAUAAAAUUGCCGGGUUCGGCAAAGAUUGGGGAAGGGAAACCUGAAAACCAGAACCAUGCUGUAAUUUUUACUCGAGGAGAAGCUCUUCAGGCCAUUGACAUGAACCAGGACAAUUACUUAGAAGAAGCUUUUAAAAUGCGGAACCUUCUUGAAGAAUUUAAUGAGGACCAUGGAGUGCGUCCACCUUCAAUUUUAGGUGUUCGUGAGCAUAUCUUUACUGGAAGUGUUUCUUCAUUGGCCUGGUUUAUGUCAAAUCAAGAAAUGAGCUUUGUGACCAUAGGUCAAAGAGUUCUUGCAAGACCUUUGAAGAUUCGGUUCCACUAUGGACACCCAGAUGUCUUUGAUAGAAUCUUCCACAUUACUCGUGGUGGCAUGAGCAAGGCUUCCCGUGGCAUCAAUCUGAGCGAGGACAUCUUUGCUGGCUUUAACUCAACGUUAAGGCGAGGGAAUGUUACUCACCAUGAGUAUAUCCAAGUUGGGAAGGGUAGAGAUGUUGGGCUCAAUCAAAUCUCUCUCUUUGAAGCUAAAGUUGCUUGUGGUAAUGGAGAGCAGACUCUUAGCAGGGAUAUCUACCGCUUAGGGCACCGUUUUGACUUCUUUCGAAUGAUGUCCUUUUAUUUUUCGACAAUAGGGUUUUAUGUCAGCGCAAUGUUGGUUGUCCUUACAGUCUAUGCUUUCUUAUACGGAAGACUUUACUUGUCAUUGAGUGGAAUGGAGAAGACAAUUGUUAAUUAUGCUGCCACCAGGGGAAAUAAUGUUCUGCAAUCAGCCAUGGCUUCACAAUCUGUUGUCCAAUUAGGUCUUUUGACUUCCUUGCCCAUGAUCAUGGAAAUUGGACUAGAAAGAGGGUUCAGAACAGCAAUAGGGGACAUGAUAAUUAUGCAGCUGCAACUAGCAUCUGUUUUCUUCACCUUUUCUCUUGGUACAAAGGUUCAUUAUUAUGGGCGAACAGUCCUGCAUGGCGGGGCUAAAUACAGAGCAACUGGCCGUGGCUUUGUUGUCCGGCAUGAAAGGUUUGCUGAGAACUACAGGAUGUACUCAAGGAGUCACUUUGUGAAAGGCCUUGAACUUAUGAUGCUUCUUAUAGUUUAUCAGAUUUAUGGUUCAGCAGCGACUGGUUCAUUAUCAUAUCUCUUCGUCACAUUCUCCAUGUGGUUCUUAGUGGUUUCAUGGCUGUUUGCUCCCUUCCUAUUUAACCCUUCCGGAUUUGAAUGGCAAAAGAUAGUGGAAGAUUGGGAUGAUUGGUCAAAAUGGAUAAGUAGUCAUGGUGGUAUGGGUGUGCCAGCAACCAAGAGCUGGGAGUCCUGGUGGGAUGAGGAACAGGAGCACCUGCAGUACACUGGGUUUUUGGGACGGUUUUGGGAGAUUGUUCUUGCUCUGCGCUUCUUUCUCUUCCAAUAUGGAAUUGUGUACCAUCUAAAUGUGGCCAGGCGUGAUAAAAGCAUCAUGGUUUAUGGUCUGUCGUGGCUGGUCAUUGUUGCUGCCAUGAUCAUCCUAAAGGUUGUGUCCAUGGGUAGAAAAAGGUUCAGUGCAGAUUUCCAGCUGAUGUUCAGACUUCUCAAAUUGUUCCUGUUUAUUGGGUUCGUUGUCACUCUUGGGAUGCUUUUUAGUUUCCUUAGUCUCACUGUUGGUGACAUCUUUGUUAGCUUGCUGGCCUUCUUGCCUACUGGAUGGGCGCUACUACUGAUGUCACAAGCAUGCAAGCCAAUGGUGAAGGCCCUGGGAAUGUGGGGGUCUGUGAAAGCUCUAGCAAGAGGGUACGAAUAUGUGAUGGGGCUGGUUAUCUUUGCACCAGUGGCUGUUCUGGCAUGGUUCCCAUUUGUCUCAGAGUUCCAGACCAGGCUGCUAUUCAACCAAGCUUUCAGCCGAGGGCUUCAGAUCCAACGUAUUCUUACUGGUGGGAAGAAGCACAAGUCAAACUAACCAAACAAACAAACAACCAUUACAGAAUUAUAUCCAUGUAAUAAUAUGUAGAGAGAUGAAAAGGAGUAGAAUGAGUACAGCAGCAUGAGGAUGUAUAAUAUUGUUUGUUACAUGCAAUGUAAUAUUAGAAUCAUCCACCGUAUGAAAAUGCAAAUUAAGGACUAUUCUUUCUCAAUUUUACUGAACAAACAAGAUUUAAAAAAUCAGCUCUUUUUUUUUC